CCACGCCCCACCAUUCCUUCCACCGCAAAUCAACCGCCCCGACCCGAUUAACCCUACCUUCCGCUCGAUUCCACUCCCCUUCCCUCCUCUUCUCCCCCCGCCCGCUCCUCGGGUCCGGAGCCAGCAGCGGAGCACCGAGACAGCAAUGGCGGCCGCGCUGAGGAGGGCCGUCGCGCAGCGCUUCGCGGCGGCGCCGCAGCAGGCCUACGGGACGCCCCGCCGCUUCAUGCAGGAGCGCCCCGCCUUCCGCCCCGCCGUGCCCCCGGACGUGGGAUUCAUGCCCCUCGCCGACCGGAUCCGCGACCACCUCGGCGUCUCCUUCCCGCGCAUCAACCUCGACGGCCUCGUACCCCCCGCCCCGGCCCGGCCCCAGCCGCCACCAACGAGGGAGGCCGCCGCGGUCGUGGGCAGCCUCACGGUGGAGGAGGCGCGGAAGGUGCUGCGCGCCACGCAGAUGGAGGCGGCGCGCGCGCGGGUGCGGGCCUCCCGCGAGGGCACCGUGCCCUACGCGGAGUACCUGCGCCUCUGCUGCGACGCCGCGGGCGCCGACGACGGGCCCUCCGUCGCGCGCGCGCUCGACGAGUCCGGAUCCGUCAUUGUGCUCGGCAGGACCGUCUUCCUCAGGCCCGAAAUGGUUGUGAAAGCAAUUGAGAAGGCCAUACCCAUUCCGCGAGGGCUAUCUGUUGCUGAGAAUCACCCCGCAAGGGAGGAGCUGAAGGCCAUGGAGGCCCAGAAGGUAGACAUCGACCGCAUGGCGACGCGCCAGGUGCGGCGGGAGCUGUGGGGAGGGCUGGCUGCCCUAGCCCUCCAAACGGCCGGCUUCAUGAGGCUCACAUUCUGGGAGCUCUCCUGGGACGUCAUGGAGCCCAUCUGCUUCUUUGUGACGUCCACGUACUUCAUGGCCGGCUACGCCUUCUUCCUCCGGACCAAGAGGGAGCCGUCGUUCGAGGGCUUCUUCCAGAGCCGUUUUGCGGUGAAGCAGAAGCGUCUGAUGAAAGCCCGGGAUUUUGAUGUCCGCCGGUACAGCGAGCUCCGGCGAGCCUGUGGCCUCCCGGCCCUACAUCCUCAGAGCCCCUGCGCGUCGUCGCAGGAGAGCCACCACCAUUGCCAUUCUCACUGCCAUUGUGAUUGAUGUGUUGCUUGGAAUUUUUUAUGCCCAUUUGAUGUGGCUGCUGCUGCUGCUUCAUGUACCGUUGUGGAAUGUGGAUGCGAAGCAUACUCAUUGACGAGAUCA